AUCAUCCUGUCACACCUCCACCAGUGGAUGAUCCAUACUGCAGCUUCUCCUUUAAACGUCAAGCUGCAAUGAUCAGAACUCACAUGCUCCGUCGCCUCUGAGCAAAGAGAUGACUGUUGCAAGCCUCAACAAAAGGUGGACUUCUUUGAGGACCAUCUUUCUCAUCCUCAUGUGUAUGUUUCUUUCUUUUGUUCUUUGGGGAACUGCCUUUAAUAGAAGUCAGUCCUCUGAUUUUCACAUACCGGAGCAGUUCUCCUCUGACUUGCCUGUCUGUUUAGCUGUCAUCAGUGGAGAUGUGGAGGGCAAAAAGGCUGAACUACAGGUGCUUCUAUCAUCCAGGAGUAAGAAAAAGACUCUUUCUGAGGAUUUCUACAUUAAUGCAACGUUGGACUGUGCAGCUUAUAUUGAGAAUAGAGGUUUCAUUAAAGUGCCUCUUAGUGAGGAGGAGGCAAAUUUUCCCAUUGCAUACUCCAUGGUGAUCCACGAGAAGAUUGAGAUGUUUGAACGACUCCUACGAUCUAUUUAUGCUCCUCAAAACAUCUAUUGCGUGCACAUUGAUCAGAAGUCUUCUCUGGGUUUUCACAGGGCUGUUAAGAAAAUUGUUUCCUGCUUUCCCAAUGUCUUCGUAACCAGUAAACUAGAAACAGUUGUGUAUGCUUCAUGGUCCAGAGUACAGGCAGAUCUGAACUGCAUGAAAGAUCUGCUGCAAUCUGAAGUCCAGUGGAGAUACCUGCUGAAUACAUGUGGGACAGACUUUCCCAUCAAAACCAACAGGGAGAUGGUGAUGGCUCUGAAAGCCCUCAGUGGAAGGAACAGCCUGGAAACCGAAGCCACCAGUGAAUACAAGAAACAUCGCUGGCAGUACCGCCACAACGUCACCAACAGCGUUGUCUGGACGGACGUGAGGAAGAGCCCACCGCCCAUCAGAACCCCGAUGUUCUCAGGAAACGCCUACUUCGUGGUCUCAAGAGCCUUUGUGAAACACGUGAUGCAGGACAGAGAGGUGCAGAAUUUCAUGGAGUGGGAGAAAGACACGUACAGCCCAGACGAGCACCUGUGGGCGACCCUGCAGAGGAUGCCCUCUGUUCCUGGAUCAGCGCCUGCAAAUAGCAAAUAUGAGGUCUCGGACAUGCAGGCUCUGGCCCGAGCCGUUAAGUGGGCCUACUUAGCAGGAGACAUGACCAAAGGAGCUCCCUACUACCCGUGCACGGGGAUCUACAGGAGAGCCGUCUGUGUGUACGGAGCUGGCGACCUCCUGUGGCUCCUGAGACAGCAACACCUUUUCGCAAAUAAGUUUGACCCAGAAGUGGAUGACAUUUCCAUCAGGUGUUUGGAGUCAAUUCUUCGUUUUAAAGCUUUGGGUCAUGACCCCCUGGCUUUUCUGCACUAUUCAAACUUCUUAUAGAAUCUAAAAUAAGUUUUAUACUCAGAUUUUCUUUCGACUGAAGCAGGUCUUAGUUUGAGAAGCAUUAUUUAUCAUGAAGGAACUUCUGACAGGUUUGAGAUUCUCAGGGUGUGGAUGACCUGGAGAAAAAAAAAAUACCAGUUCUGCAUUAUUCUUCACUUCUAUUUAAAAGAAUAAAAACGAUUACCAUUGCUGUUAAAAUACACAUUAAUCACUACUUCGGUAAUGUUAUCUGAUAUUUUGUGGACGUGGGUAGAAAUACCAAAUAAAAACAGACUUGUUUUCAAGUACAUUUUGUGCAAAAUAUUCUCCCUUUUGGGUAUUUUGCUCCUUAUAAAGAUGUUACCUAGUUAACAUUACUUAGUUAAAAUAAAACCAAUUAAGUGUUAACGGAAUUGGUUAAGCUGUUUAGUACAUUUCGUUUCCAAGCCAUAAAUGUGGUUUUAGCAACACAACAUAUUUCCAGAGGGCCAAAUUAAUCUUUCUUGCAGGCAAGCUUAUUUUUUUAGUAUCAUAAUGGUGUUCAUGUAAUGUUCUAUACCUGUGAUUUCAAUGAAAGCUGUAAUUCUGGUGUAUUUGUGGUUAUUACUGUACAGGAAUUUAUUAACAAUAAAUCCUUUGUUGUUUUGCAACAUUUAAUGUUUAGAGUAAAAAGUAAAGUUUUUGUGGAUGUUUUUUCUACUUGGUAGUUAGAAUAAAAAAAAAAAAAAACAAAGCAGAAGAGAUGGUUUUCCUUUGAGGGAAUAAGAGCACCUCGGCGCAGAGUUUCUGCAAGUUACACCACGUUAAAUUUAUAUGAAUAACUAUCAUUUAUGAAUCUAUUACGUUCAUGAGGUAAACUGUUGAGAUUUGUACUUUUACGUCAAGGUAACAUAACUGUAAUGCCUUUUUACCCGUAUAUACUAAGCCUUACAGAGGUGAGUAAGGUCUCGGCAAUAAUUGAAAGUCUGCUUUUAAGCCCAACCUCAUUAAACACUUUAUGAACAAAUAGUGGAUAAUGUUACAUAUUCCACCAUGUCCGCAACGGUCUAAUCAAGCAGUUUAAGCAGAAACGUAAGCAGUGAGAUUAAUGUAAUAAAUAGGUUGACAAGA